UAAGGCCACAAAGAGUUUUGUGGCUGAGAAUUCUCCCUCGAGCUGACGUGGCAACCCCCACCUGCUUAGACGGAUCAACAAAAUGUUUCAAACAAGGCGACGACGAAACCCAUACCAACGUGUCACUCAGAUCUCUCUCUUCUCUCUCUAGGAUUUUCCUCAGUUUUUGUUAUCUGACGAAAAAAGAACAAAAAAUAAAGGGAAAAGAAAAGAACAAAAGGGUAAAAAAAAAUGAGAGCAGAAAUGUCGGAGGCUAAAGACCCGGCGAUCAAGCUCUUCGGGAAGACUAUACCGGUGGCGGAAGUUCCGGGUAUCUCCGGUGGGUCUCAAGGACCUUCAGUUUCGGCUUGUGCGACUUCUGUUGACGAUAAUACGGAUCAGGAACCUGCUUCUAAACGAAACUCUUCUUCUGAGGUCAAUACCAGUAAAGAUGAGGAAGAUAGAGAAACAGAAAAGGAAACAGCAAAAGGAAAUCCCACAGAGACUAAAGAGGAAGAUGGAAACCAACCUAUGUCUCCAGAAGAGCCAAGAAAUUCAGAUGCAACUUCUGGAAUUUCUGAGAACCCGACAACACACGUUGAUAAGGAGAGUACUACACCGAAAGCUUCAAAGACUGAAGAAGAGCAAAGUGAGGGAACUAAUUCACAAGAAAAGACCUUGAAGAAACCAGACAAGAUACUUCCAUGCCCCCGCUGUAAUAGUAUGGACACCAAGUUCUGUUACUACAACAAUUACAAUGUUAACCAACCCCGACACUUCUGCAAGAAAUGCCAAAGAUAUUGGACUGCUGGUGGGACCAUGAGGAAUGUACCUGUGGGGGCUGGUCGUCGUAAGAACAAGAACUCUGCUUCUCACUACCGUCACAUAACUGUUUCUGAAGCUCUUCAGAAUGCUCGAACUGAUGUUUCAACCGGGGUCCAUUCUCCCCAUCUUGCAAUGAAAUCUAAUGCUACUGUUCUGACAUUUGGCUCUGACGCACCCCUCUGUGAAUCAAUGGCGUCUGUUCUGAAUCUUGCUGAUAAAACAAUGCGGAACUGCACACAGAAUGGUUUUCAUAAACCUGAAGAACUAAGGACUGGUUUCCAAAAACCUGAAGAAGUAAGGACUCCUGUACCUUAUGGAAGUGUAGAAAGUGGAGAUAACAAUGUUGAUGGAUCUUCAGUUACAACAUCAAAUUCAAAGGAUGAGGCGUGCAAAAAUGUUUCACAAGAACAAGUCAUACAAAAUUCUCAGGGUGUUCCCCCCCAAAUGCCAUGCUUUCCAGGGCCGCCUUGGCCUUACCCCUGGAAUGCUGCUCAGUGGAACCCUUCAGUUCCAAUGCCUGCUUUCUGCCCUCCAGGAUAUCCUAUGCCAUUCUACCCUGCAGCAGCUUAUUGGGGUUGUAAUGUACCAGGCACGUGGAACAUCCCUUGGCUUCCUCUGCCAACAUCUCCAAACCCAGUCGCCCCAAGCUCUGGUCCUAACUCACCUACAUUGGGGAAACAUUCAAGGGAUGAAAACACAGUUAAACCAAAUUCCUCAGAAGAGGAGCAACCAAAAGAAAGCAGUUCUGAGAGAUACCUUUGGAUUCCAAAAACAUUGAGGAUUGAUGACCCAGGCGAAGCUGCGAGGAGCUCUAUAUGGGCAACACUGGGGAUUAAGAAUGAUAAAUCUGAUUCAAUCAGUGGGGGAGGACUUUUCAAGGCUUUCCAACCAAAGAAUGAUGAAAAGAACCGCAGAGCAGAACACUCAGUCUUACAAGCCAAUCCAGCAGCAUUGUCAAGAUCGCUAAGCUUUCAAGAGAGGUCGUAAAUUAGUACUUUUGAAGCAGUUGGUUCCUAGUGUUGCUGACAGGUUUGUGACACCCUGGUAGAAUGGAAGAAGCUUAAACUUUCUAAUGCACAGAAAACAUAAGAGUUGCCAGUCUCAUAAGCAAGAAACAAUUCUUGUAUCUGGCCACGGAGUAAACUUGCAAGAGGAUUUUCUUGCAAGUUCCUCUUAAGAGUAGGCGUCAUUUACUUUUAGCUCAAGUAGUUACUGAUUUUUUUUUUCUUCCUCCGUGUGCUAGAGAAACAAAUGCAUCUUGUUCGCAGUUUGUACAUAUUUUUAUAUGUAAUAGUGAGAGCUAGAAGAGAUUAAGUUUUGCGUACUAUAAAUCCCAUAUGCAAGUAAAUAAUGUGGGAAUUCAAAUUCAGCUUUUCCUCCUUUGGUUAGAGUUGUAUCCCAACUUUUUGUUUUACCUCUUCUAAUGUAGUCAAUAUAUUGUGCUUCCUGGCUUAACAUGCAAA